UCCGUUGUGUUGCUACCAACUUGGUUUGCAAGGAACAGAGCUUCAUCUGUGUACAUCAAGAUUGCUAAUUGCCAUUUGAAGGGUGAUAGUAAGCAUGAAGAUGCCUAAGCUUAUGAGGAAGCUGCAAACUGCGACCAAAAAUUCUCACUUUAGGGUACUCUCUUUCGAUCUCGACUCAGAGAGGAAACGAGGCAGCCACGGCCUCCUGCCCCCACCCUUAUCUCCCUCUCUCCCAUGCCUCCGCGCUGCCGCAGUACUCCCGCGCUGCACACUGCUGCUGCUCCCCAACCACAACGCUCUGAUGGUGCUUGCUCGCCUGGUCACCGCCUCGUCUCGCCCGAUCUUGAUAUCGUCCGGGGCGGCGCCGGCACCGCUCGACCGCGUCGUUGCCUCCUCUGCGUCAUGAGAAGCGCCACCAUUGCCUCCACCCCCACUGGGCAAGGAGCUCGAGGUGUUUGGGGGUUCAUGUUUCCUACACAGGCCAAAACACUAUUGGAGUUUGAAACUAGUCGUUUGGAGCAGAUCAGCUCAAAAGAGAUCCUUUGUACCAUUUGCAGACUACCCACCUUCCUCUGGAGAUUGACAGGCCUGGAGUCUCGCUCGCCUCUGUUUUCCCCCCUAUGGACACACAUGAGACUCAGAUCUUGGCUCGUUGUAGAGGAAUCGAUAGCAAGAAUCAACCAGAGAAAGGAUGUACACAAGGUGUUUAAAGAUUUACUUUGUUCCAGCGCCUACUUUGGAUCAUAGGAAACUAAAAAAAGAGGGCGCCGCCACCACCGUCAUCAGGCUGGCCCACAUCCACGCGCUGCUCGGCGUCACCAGGUCACCCGCACAACUCCUCACGCCCAGGUCGUUCAACAUUUCCGGCCGCUUUUGGUGCGCCACAUUUAGAGUCUUUCUUUCCCAUUUUAUCGUGUUUGCAUGGUAAGAUGUUUGGUCGGAUUUGAAGGUUCGUAGCCUUGACUCCAAAGCUUCAAGCUCUUAUAGAAAUUAGAACUGAGGGCCUUUUAAAAUGAGUCCUGCAUAAUAGUGUUGUUCAGUGGGAUGCAGGAUUUUUUUUGUCUGAUCGGCUAUCAUUGGUGCUGAUUUAAGUACUGAUUUCAUCAUCAUAUGACCACAAUAAAGAAGCUGUGUGUAUAAAUAUUACUAACUGCUGAUACUUUGCAUCAGUGAUUUCAAUUCUGUUGGCCCUCCUUAA